AAAAAGAGGAUCUCUGAGCGAAAUCUGGGGCAGACCUAAAACCCCAAUAAACCCUACCUACCUCUGUACUCUGUAUUCGGCACCUGAGCUGAGAUGGCCUCCUUCGCCGCUAGAUCUGUCUUCCGCUCCGCCGCCAGAAUAUCUGCCAGCGUCAAGCCGAGGCCUUCUCCGUCACCAUUUCGCCUCCCAUCCCAAAAUCCGCUUCCAGCUCGCAUUUUCAGGUCACCCGUGGAGAUGAGCAGUGUUAGCGUGGCUUCGUUUCUGCCGUACCACACCGCGACUGCCUCAGCUCUGCUUACUUCGAUGUUAUCCGUCGCUCCGCGUACUCACGCUUGGACUAUCGAGGCUUGCAUCGAUGGGGUAUGAUGACUGUUCGAUUGUUCCAAGAAGUAUUUUCGCAUAUGCACUAGAAUAGUACAUCUGAUAAAUAGUCAUAUGGCUAGAGCUCAGCACAAGAGAUGACCAUAUUUUUGUGGAUUUUCCUUUUGUGGUCUACUAGAGUAUCAAAUAAGGAGAUAAGAGUUGCUUGUUAAUUUGUUGUAGUGACAAGUGACUGAAUUAUGUAAAAUUGUGGCAUCUAUUCCUUGAGAUGUGGUAAUUGUUAUGCAACUUCGUCAUACUUUACCUUAAGGCACGAACCUGUCGUAGCCAAACUCUGACAGGUCACAGGUUAUGAUAAAUGCACUACCUGCUAUCUGUUCGUUAACGACCUUUUGACUUGGGCUUC